AUGCUGGCCACGAUGCUUGCCAUCGUUAUUACCGAGUCGAUUGUUAAGACAGUGUCAAUGUCUUGGCAUCUGGUCAUUGCCUGCGUCAAUGGAGCUCCGAUCAAUUCUCAUUACGGCAUGCUCUCAACCGAGAUGAACUUGACGAGCUGUAACCACCCGAGCAACAUCCGUAAUGCGGUGGGUACUCGAAGCAGCGUCGCCAUGGCCGACCUCGUCACCGCCGUAGUGCUGUGUUCAGACACACCGCCGCCAGUUGCUUUGACAACAGAAUGGUUGAGAUGUCACCGGUGCAACGCAGUGCGGUGCACAGCGCGAACUACACGAAGCAAGGAGGCAAGCAACCAGAGAUUCUUCAUUCCGAUAUCACCGAUGUGUAUACCUCCGAUCAAAUGGGUAUCUCUCGCUGCUAAUUGA